AUGGUCUUUGAUAGUGAAAUGCAGUACUUUAUUUCCUGUCCUUGUGGAAUUCCACCAUCCUCAUUAAAUUUAAGAAGCCCAGUUCUGCAGCAGCAUUUCCUUAUUCCAGACUUUCAGAGAAACACCCCUGAGAAGUUCUUUAAGGAUUCCAAGGUAGCCUUUGCUGAUGUGAAGGGAGUCCGAAGUCUUGGUGAAGGGAAAACCCUCUGGAGCCUCUCAGGGGACCUAUUUAACAGAAAGCCAAAGAGAAGUAAGGUUCUUCUUGAAGAUGUGUGUUAUUCCCUGAAGAAUCUUUUAGGAAAAGCAAACAGCCUGAGAAAUAUUUAUUCAUUAGAUGGAUUCUGGCAGCCGCCAGGAGAAUCCAGAAAGUACCCAGUGCUUGCACAUGCUCUUCAGACCAAAGCUGACAACCUAAACAUGGUCAGGUUUCACAGGAGCCCAAGACUCUAGUCCAAACAGAAAAAGAAACAAGAUCCUGCAUGUCACGUGGGAGACUGCAUGGGCCAGGGCCAAGCCAUGGUGAGCUUGGCGACAUUCAGAGAGAAAAACUAAGUAAUCGCUCCCUUACAGAAGAAGGGGAACAUGGAUCUCUCCGUUUUGCCAAACAACAACCAUCCUGACAAAUUCCUGCAGCUCGAUGUGAAGUCUUUCACAAGGAGCUCAGCUCUUCUUCAAGCCAGCCUGGCGAGGUUUCCAGGGGGGAAUUACCCCACCGUGCAGCACUGGCAAAACCUCGUGUACUCACAGAGAGAAAAGAAGACCAUUCCUGCUCAGCGAAUGAGGAGAUCCGGGCCAGAGGGCGUUGCUGCUGUGGACCAUCCCCCACCAUCCUUGUCUUCAGUUCUGAAGAAUAACCCACUCUAUGGUGACCUAAGUUUGGAGGAAUCCAUGGAAGAAAGAAAAAAGCAUCCAUCGUGGACGGUUGAGGAAUAUGACAGGCAUUCCCUGCACACAAACCUUUCUGGGCAUCUGAAGGAAAAUCCUAAUGACCUGCGGUUUUGGUUGGGAGACAUGUACACGCCUGGUUUUGAUACCUUAUUGAAAAAGGAAGAGGAACAAGAAAAGCAUUCAAAAUACUGUCGUAUAGGUCUGAUUUUGCUCCUUGUUGCCUGCAUCUUGGUUUUCAUAGUGACUGUUUGCACAUUUUUCACCUAA